UUCCUGCCUCCUCUGCAUUUCUUAUCUAUCCUGAUCCAAAUCCACCUCCCUGCGCACACACCUCCUCUCGGCAACAAAAUCCCCCACCCCUGCCCUGCCCUCCUCCCAGCUGCUCCGCCAUGGCCACCGAGGAAGCCGCCAAGCCGGCCCCGCUCCCGCCGUAUCCCGAGAUGAUACUGGCGGCCAUCGAGGCGCUGAACGAGAAGUCCGGGUCGAACAAGUCGGCCAUCUCCAAGCACAUCGAGGGCAAGUACGGCGACAUGCCGCCGACGCACGGCUCGCUCCUCACGGCGCACCUGGCGCGCAUGAAGGAGUCCGGCGAGCUCAUCUUCCUCAAGAACAACUACUUCCGCGCCGACGCGCCGGAUGCGCCGCCCAAGCGGGGCCGCGGCCGCCCGCCCAAGGACCCCAACGCGCCGCCCAAGACCCCCACCACCUCCCCGCGCCCCCGCGGCCGCCCGCCCAAGGCUAAGGACCCCGAAGCCGAAGCCGACAAGCCGCCCAAGAAGCCCAAGACAGCACCCGCCCCUGCACCUGCGGCCGACGGAUCCACCCCCGCCAAGCGCGGCCGCGGCCGUCCCCCCAAGGUACGCCCCGCCGAGCCGACGGCGGCCUGACCCUCCACCGUCCGCCGCUCGCCGCGCGCUCUGGGGCAUGCGCGGCAAUUGGUGUCUCCGGAUUAUUAUUAUUCGUGCGCUUGUUGAUCUAGGGUUCAGCUGCUCUCUUCUUCUGCAUCUAGUCAGUACCUCUAAUUGUCCGUGCCUGCUGCGCUCCUAGUGUCGAUUGAUGGAGUAAUUAGGAGGGUUCGAUCUGUCGCUGUCGUGUGGACCUAGUGUUUCCUACUGCUGCUCAUCUAGUGCUGCUGUUGUAAGCUAAGAUUAAUUAGGAUGAUAAGUGUGCUGAUUAAUCAGCUAAUGUGGAUCCAUUUGUACAAUUCAUGUCUGUGUGAUUGGUGAUUGUUCCAGUUA